UCUGGUUUAGUCCAUUACUAGGACAUGUUGCUGUCUGUCUGUGUUUUCACAGACAGACAGCUAUUGUCUCUCUCCAGCGAUUGACCAUAAUUGACCAUGUAAUACGAUGAUAUGGAUGUUUUCCAUCUGAUCCUAAGCUUCUAAUCACUCAUUUUGUUCAAAAUGUGAUGACUGAAGACAUUUCUCGUCUAGAUUUCACACUGUGGAUGUGCAUUUUCCUUAUAUCUGAUCGAAAUGACAAACGUAAUAUCAUCGCCACAACUUGGGUUUCGAAUAUGAUCCCCUUGUGCCAUACAUACUCGCUCCUACCAUAAAGUAGAAAUUGCUUGGAUCUUGUGUCCAUACAGUUAACAUGCAUGAGACUAACGCAGACACUAGCUUGUUGAAAUCUGUCUAUUUUAAACAGAUUCUUGAUGAGUAAUAUGAUGGUGACGGAGAAACGGCUGGUUACAGUAGUCGUCCUUACAUCCUGUCAAACUGUUCUUUCACACCACAGUAACAGUUCCAGUAUGUAACAUGUAGGUUGGCCAGUAGCAGUGAGCUUCCAGAUUGAGCUUCCCCCCCCCCCCCCCCCUCACCCAUUCCUUUCCAUCGCCUGUGGGGGCUUGUACUGGCCGGUAUUGUGUAAGGUGCCUGUAGGUACUUCCAAAAUGAUAUCAUUGUCAACGGUGUGUAACAUAGUGUCAAGUGAUGAGGUUCCUGUUUUUUCACCACAUCAAUAAAAUAUUUAUUACUCAUUGAGCUGAAGAGGACUGUACGUACACAUGCUCUGUGAUUUCGGUUUUGUAAGAAACCAGCAUACAUUUUUAAUGAGUUUCUUCCCUAGGCUGUAAGGCCUGCCCCAAACAACUUCUAGGACACUUGUAUACAACUUCUUGGUGUAUGUGUGGAUGUGAAGCAUGGCGCUUCAACAUGGCGGUCUCUCUAGAAGAGGACCCGCUCCCUAUGUAGAUAUAAAAGACUCAUUUUAAUCACCAAAAUCGUAUUGUGCUGGCGUCAUACAUAUUUAUAAAUAUUAUUUUCCAUUUCUACAAAGGCUGUUCCACUGGACGCAACUUUAUCCUGAGCACUACACCUUUAACAGAAUAUGUCCUCAAUGAGAUUAGCAUCAGUGCUGAGAAUGCCAGACCUUUGGAGUUAGAUGGUGUGCUGGCAUACAGGUAGCUAGCUACUUAUCAAAAGGUUCAGAGAGCAGAAAGUUCACUUUUGGUUAUGGAACAAAAUACCACAACUACCACUAAUAUUUGGAACCUCCUAUUUAAAGCGGCAUGGCUCCCCCCGAGGGCGGCGCGGGCAGCUGGACCUGCAAGCAGGUGGCCGGCUGGCUGCGGACGGAGGGCUUCGGGGAGUACGUGCAGCUGCUCUGCACCCAGCACCGCCUGGACGGCAGCGGCCUGCUGGCCCUGACGGAGGCGGACCUCCGGGGACCCCCGCUGGGCCUCACCGUGCUGGGGGACAUCAAGCGCCUGUCGCUGGCCGUCCGCCGCCUCCAGAGGCAGAACCAGUCGCGGCGGGAGGAGCUCGGCCUGGACGCGGCCGACGGGCUCUCCAACGGGGGCGGGGGGCCGGCGGUGUGCUGGGCGGGGGCGCGGGAGAGGAGCUGGGCCGACGGGGCGGGGGGGCGGUGUCUGCGGGCGGACCGGGGGUGUAGCGGCGGCGGCGGCGGCUGCGGCGGGGAGUUCUGCCUCAGAGACCGCGGGACGGUGGGGCUGCUGUGCUACGCCCACGCCAACGGGAGGAGCAGGCAGCACAUGGCGGGCCGGCUGGACCCGGAGCUGUGGAAGACGGCGCUCAGCUUCAUCUACGUCCUGUUUGUGUUCGGCUUCACCGCCUUCGUCAUGGUCAUCGUCCACGAGCGCGUCCCCGACAUGAGGACCUACCCCCCGCUGCCGGACAUAUUCUUAGACAGUGUUCCCAGGAUUCCUUGGGCGUUUGCAAUGGCCGAAGCCUGUGGCCUGAUUCUGUGUUACAUCAUCUUGUUGAUCCUGAUUCUUCACAAACACAGGUCCAUUCUGUUUCGGCGGCUCUGUUCCCUGAUCGGGACAGUGUUCCUGCUGCGCUGCUUCACCAUGUUUGUCACCUCCCUCUCCGUUCCUGGCCAGCAUCUAAAAUGUGCUAGUAAGAUGUACGGCGAUACCUGGAGCAAGAUACAGAGAGCACUGGCCAUCUGGAGUGGCUUCGGCAUGACUCUGACCGGCGUCCACACGUGUGGAGACUACAUGUUCAGCGGCCACACGGUGGUCCUCACCAUGCUUAACUUUUUUGUGACAGAGUACACCCCAAGGAGCUGGAACCUGAUCCACACCAUCUCAUGGGUGCUGAACCUCUUUGGCAUCUUCUUCAUCCUGGCAGCGCACGAGCACUACUCCAUCGACGUCUUCAUCGCCUUCUACAUCACCACGCGCCUCUUCCUCUACUACCACACUCUGGCCAACACGCGCGCCUACCAGCAGAGCCGACGCGCCCGUAUUUGGUUCCCCAUGUUCUCCUUCUUCGAGUGCAACGUGAACGGACCCGUGCCCAACCAGUACAACUGGCCCUUCGACAGGCCCGCCUUCAUGAAGAGCCUGAUUGGUUAGUGUGUGUGUGUGUGUGUGUGUGUGUGUGUGUGUGUGUGUGUGUGUGUGUGUGUGUGUGUGUGUGUGUGUGUGUGUGUGUGUGUGUGUGUGUGUGUGUGUGUGUGUGUGUGUGUGUGUGUGUGUGUGGGCACGAGGGAGGUGCUACUUCUGACCUGUACUUUUAGGGCUUUGUGCAGAAUGUUUAAACUAAUAUGCCUUUAACCCAUGCCCUUUUAUUAUUUGGUUCCUUAUUUGAUUCUUUACAAAUAAAUGGAGAGCCAGCACGGCAAAUAACAUGGCUUUAAUGCUUAGACAGCAGUUUGUGUCAUUCAGGAUACGGUUAAUUUGAUCAAGGCGGGAUUAUGAAGGAAACGGAGAGCUCUUUUUACGCUUAUUCUGCAUAACGGUAUGGAAAAACUUCUCCACAAACCUUUUAUGUGACUGCAUGUUUACUUUGGAGCUAUUGUUCAAAGGCUUUCUCGUUUUAUUUUUUUUAAACCAAAGUGCACAUUUUCUUUAGCCAAAGAAAUAACAGGAAAUGUAUUGCGUUUUUGAAAUUUAGCUAUUUGCAAUACUGGGUUAUUCGCUUCUGUGUUAUUUAUAAUUUUGUAUUAUAAAUAAUAUUUUUUUUAUCAGACUUAUUGUUCUUUCACAUAUCAAGAAGAAACUAUGCAGUUAUGUAUAGAGAAGAGUAUAACGGGUUUAUAAUGUCUGAAGGGAUUUGGGAAUCGGUGGAUUCAAUUGUGUUUUUAGGGCGCAUCAAAACAUUUUCUUGCCACAAUUGAUGUUGAACAUGUCGUUGAUUUAGCACCUUUGUUUAACAAACCUGUUUACAAUGUAAUUAUUCCUUUUUUGUAUACGUUAUCACUGGAGUGGUGGUUUACAAGUUUAUUUAUUCGCAAUGGAAUUACUAAUGAUUUUCGCCGCUUGGCUCAACACUUUUUGUAUUUCAGUCACAGAGAUCACUUGCCCAGCGGCCUUGACCAAUAUUGUAUUUUGGGUACUCGUUCAAUUUCGAUGAUUAAAAAAACAACCAAUA